GGAGAGAAGAAGCAGUGUUUACGUCUCUUCGGGGAAGUCGAAUUCAAUUAUUAGUCAUCCUUUAGAGACAGCGGAUGCUUAGGAAUUUUCCUGUCUUAAGGUUGGCGGUAGAAGCAAGAAAAUAAUAUCUGUCACGGCGAAGGAAAAUAUCUGAGCACAGCCAAGUCACGUUCUACUAUAUAUCAAAGUUCAGCAUCUUCAGCGAAGCAAUGAACCUCGACCCGGGAAUCGUGUGUUACCAGCACUGCGAAGGACGUCUCUUUAGCUUCAGUCUCCCUUCCUCGUGUUACCUGUGCGGCGCUGACCUGUCUGUCGAACCCCUGACCUGUCCGCCCUUCAGGUUGCCGUAUCCUUUCGUGCGUGCAUCGCAAGCGCCUUGCUCCAUUGUCAUCAAACCCACUAAGGGCGACUUCUUACAUGAUUAUAGGAGCAGCAACGACCUUCACAUUGGCGUAACGGACAGCGAAGGUCGUGUGUUCGAGUACGACCACGAGGGACUACACUCCGACUACACCUCCUCCUGGACACAGAGCCUCGGCGUGUCGGUCAUAAGCGACCCUGCCACCGGCCGCCUCGACCCCGUGUGGCUCGAGUACUGGGACUUCACCCUGCACACUAUGGCUCAGGAUCCCACCUGGGCUGAAGACAGAUACGACGAAACGUCCUUCAACUGCUACUCCUUCGUGCUCGAGUUCCUGAAGAAGCUGGGUCCUCCUGGCAUCAAGACGAAGGGACUCAGCAAGACGUCCCUUUGCGAACAGCUCCUUGUCCCCCACACCACCGCCGCUGCCAAGUACAUCUCCCUCUAUCGGAAGCUGCGGUCCCAGACUGUGGUGGCCGUCCCGUUGAUGAAACAGUGAUGACAAAGCAGAUAAAUAAAAAAAAAAUAUUCGUAGGUCGACACUGAUGGUGCUGCAAAAUCACAGUUUAUGAGAUAAAAGACAGAUUUAUUUAUAACGAUAGAGUGUUUGUUUCAUGUUUUCAAUUGCCAGGUUAGGGUUAUAUGUCGUAAAUAUUGCAUUUGUGUUCUUUGGGAUUCUUCCAAGUUGUAAGAUGGAAUGCAUUUCAUAGGAUGUAUCAUAAGAUUUCUUACUUUAUUCUCUCUUUUCUCUCCUCGCUUUUUCUCACUUUUAACACAAUACUUUCACUUUAUAAUGCCCCUUAUACUCUUGACAGUUUUAAUAUAGUUUAUUUUUAUAUAAAAUUGACAUGCAAUAAAAAGUACUUGACCCAAGGAAUUAUCAAAUAUAAAAAUAUACCUCUGAAACAUGACCAUCGUAAUAUAAAGAAGGGUUGCCAAACAUUCAAAAUGGUUGUGCACGCAUAGUGUGAGUUUUGCCGAUGUUCCGAUUUUUGGUUUAAUGUGUUCCCAACCUCAAUUUACAAAAAAAAGAUGAUCCACUGGACUGGCAUUUUCGGUAAUGUGGACGGUUUUUAAAGUGUAUAGUAGCCAUUUCUAUUUGAACUUGUUCCGAGAAAACCCUUUGGAUAGACUGCAGAGAUCUGAAAUGAACCUGCACGUGUUACAGUCUUUGGGAGUGCUGUAAAAAGCCACCCUUCAAAUAAAUAAAACCGUGUGCAAGAAUGACUCAUUCCUCUACAAAAUCCACAAAACUAAAUUCAUAGACGAUGAAUGAAGUACAUCAGCAUACGAAGUCUAGGUAGU